UUGGUGCUUCAAGAGUAUACUAUAUAUAUUGCUGCUGUUGGAGUCUUUAAGUACAAGUGGUAUGACAGCUUCCAUUUGAUACUAAUUAACUAGUUAGUUUUUCCGGUAAGUAAUUUCCAACAGAAAGUAACCUCAGAUCGAAUGGUGAAGGAUUUAUAUUUCUGUUUGAUAAUUGCAGCAUUAGGUAUGUUAUAGUCUAGAUUGGCUAAAUUGGAGCAUAGAUGCUGUUCGUUUUGUGUAUUACACUUGGAUCAAUCUAGAUUGGAAUAACUACACAAUUACAUUUAUGCAAUCGAUGUUGUAUACUUUCUGCAAAUUAAUGCAGAAUACGGUAAAGGCAUUACAUUUAGGACAUGCAAAUUAAUACUAAAUGUUGUAUUACAUUUAGGACAUGCAUUACUGCAGCCGUUUACUGGCACACUGCUGCCGAUGAAACUGAAGGCUCUACAGUAAAAGACCAAAUUUUGUUUUCUUUUAUAGUUUCGGAUCCAAAAUACGUGUAUAAAUGAAAGAAAAGUGUACUGUUGCUUCCGCGCGCAGUACUCUCCGCGAUGGUCCGCAAUCGCGCGACUCAUCUCUGAAUCAACGGAAACCAACCCUGCGAUGGUCCGGUCUCCGCUCCACUUCGAAUCCUCCGCCCUCACCCGUCGGAUUUCUCCGGGCCCUCGUCCCUCUCCACAUAUAACUGUAGAUCUCCCGGCCAUGUCUCUCGCCUCCUCCUCCGCCGGCUCCAGUUUCUAAGCAUCCUUUUGCUCCAGCGAUGCCGGCUUCUCUCUCGCUCUCCCUUCCCUUCCCAACUGCCGCCCCUCCGGCAUCCGAUCCGUCGGCCGCCGCUGCCCCCUUCGGUGCAUUCUGCAGUUACGGCCGACGGUUCUGCGGCAUCCGCAGGGAGGACUCGUCACUCCGCUCGCUGAAUUGGGCGGCCUCGGGGCGGAUCACCCCGGAUUCCUCCCGGAGGUUCUCGAGGAAGAUCUUGGCCGUGGUGAAGGAUAACGGGAGCCCCGCCAAAGUCUUUGAUUAUGAUCUCGUCAUCAUCGGAGCUGGCGUCGGAAGCCAUGGCGCUGCGCUCCAUGCAGUCGAGAAGGGUUUAAAAACUACCAUUAUUGAAGGGGACAUUGUUGGUGGUACUUGUGUAAAUAGAGGAUGUGUUCCAUCUAAAGCUCUUCUUGCUGUUAGUGGUCGCAUGCGUGAACUUCAUGAUGAGCAUCACCUGAAGGCUCUGGGUCUACAGGUUUCAAGCUUCAUUUCUUCUUUUUCUUACCAUAUGUCUAGAAUCCAAAGACAAUUUGUAUACUGUUUUAUUAGUGUCUAACCUGGCAUUGAAUAACUAUGUGAAUAGCUGGGAACAUCAAAGAGACACACUAUUUACCAUCUUACUUUACAUUUGCUGUUUGUUUUUGACAAAAUACUUAAUUUGAUCA